ACUCGGGGAUGCAGCGGCGCUGAGCUUGCCGCCCGGCGACUGCGGAGCGGGUCUACCGAGCGUCCUCCGGGUGGCCCGCCGGCCCGCUGCCCGGCGACAUGACCAGCCCCGCGAGUGCGCACAGCCAGGAAAUCGAUUGCCUGAGCCCCGAGGCUCAGAGGCUGGCGGAGGCUCGGCUUGCAGCAAAGCGUGCAGCCCGCGCUGAGGCUCGCGAGAUCCGGAUGAAGGAGCUGGAGCGGCAGCAGAAGGAGCCCUCGGAGUACAGCGGCCACCUCAACUCCAGCUCCCGGGCCUCCUCCAGGGCCAGCUCGGCACGGGCCAGCCCUGUGGUUGAAGAGAGACCAGACAAAGAUUUCGCUGAGAAGGGGUCCCGGAACAUGCCCAGCUUGUCUGCAGCCACGCUUGCCUCUCUGGGUGGGACAUCCUCCCGGAGAGGGAGUGGAGACACCUCCAUCUCCAUGGACACUGAGGCAUCCAUGAGGGAAAUUAAGGACUCGCUGGCCGAGGUUGAAGAAAAGUACAAGAAGGCCAUGGUUUCCAACGCGCAGCUAGACAACGAGAAGACCAACUUCGUGUACCAGGUCGACACCCUGAAGGACAUGCUGCUUGAGCUGGAGGAGCAGCUGGCCGAGUCCCAGCGGCAGUAUGAGGAGAAAAACAAAGAGUUCGAGCGAGAGAAACACGCCCAUAGCAUCCUGCAGUUCCAAUUUGCAGAGGUGAAAGAGGCCCUGAGACAAAGGGAGGAAAUGCUGGAGGAAAUCCGACAACUACAGCAGAAACAGGCGAGUUAUAUCAGGGAGAUUUCUGAUCUUCAGGAAACAAUCGAGUGGAAAGACAAAAAGAUAGGGGCAUUAGAAAGGCAGAAAGAGUUCUUUGAUUCCAUAAGGAGUGAACGAGAUGAUCUUAGAGAAGAAGUAGUCAAGCUGAAAGAGGAACUAAAGAAACAUGGAAUAGUCCUAAAUUCAGAAAUAGCUACCAAUGGAGAGGCUUCAGACACACUAAGUAACACUGGGUACCAAGGCCCUACCAAGAUGACAAGAGAAGAGCUGAGCGCCCUCAGGUCUGCCGGGGAGGGAACACUGGGAAAAGCCAAAGAAGUGGAGGUGAAAAAUGAAAUGGUGGAGAAUGUGGGGAAAAGAGAAAUCUUGCAGAACACUGAGCAAGAACAGCACAAAGAGGACAGAGAGGUGUUACAUCCUGGUGACAAUCCGGAGGACCAGAAAACCUCUGAAGACAAUGCCCUGUCCCCAGGACCACUAGCAGAGGCUCAGUGUAAGCAGCAGGCUCAAAGCCACAUUCUCCUUGAAAACCCAGGGCAGGUUGAGACAAGUGAGGCCUCAGAUCUGCCAGACAGUAGGAGCAGCACUUCCCUCGAGCAGUCCAGCUGCUUGGGGGAGCUAGGCAGUGAAGCGCCAAGUCCUGUGCAGGGACAUGGCCAUUGUAAUGCCUUGGAUAGCCAAAACUCAGUAGGCAGUCAGGGAAAAGAAAAUGAGGAUUUAAACAUAGACUUGUCAGGGAUUAUCCCUGAACCCUGUUUAGAUUCUAUUCCUGGGCAAACACCUAAAGUUGACAAGGUGAGCUGUGCAGACUUGGUGGGGCCAGGUGGGAACCACACAGAUAAUGUGGCAGAGGCAGCGGGAGCUGCAGGUGGGGAGCAAGGGGAUGCAGUGGCCUCCAGUCCUCUGGUGCAUAGGGAUGACAUGGUGAGUCAUGAUGGAAGAUGUGUGGUCAAUGGAUUAGGCCCCAGCACAGAGCAGAGUCCAAACAGAGAACCCACCCAAGACGUAUGUAAGCCUGAGGAGACCCCUGAGCAGAGCCCACAAGAAGAUGUGGAGAAGGAUGCAGGAGAGGAUGGAGACGCAGAAGUAAGGGACAGUCAACCCACUGAGGUAGGAGUCCAUCCUGUCCCUGGGAGUCCAGCAGCACAGAGCAGCCAGGAGGAUGGGACAUGUCCAGGGAGGGUAGAUGCGGACAGUGCCCUGCUUGACACAAAUGAGCCCACUGAAGACGGGAAUGAGCAGCGGGCAGAGAGCGUGGGUCCCUCGCAGAAGAAAACAAAGAACAAGAAGAAGAAGAAGAAGAAGAAAGCUCCAGCCCCUGUAGAACCCCUCGAGGAAGUAAGGAAGGAAUCAACCUAUGGGGAUGCAGAGGCAGACGAAGUCCAGGAAGAGGGUGAAGUGCGGCUCCCUGAGCGAACACAGGGAGCAGGAGCCCAGCACACAGCCAGAGCUCCUGAGCGGAGUGUUCUGUCCAACAGCAGUGGGGAGGCCGAUUGCCCAGAAAGUCCUAAACCCCAGUUGGAAGGGAAACUGAACCAAGAGGAUGAUCCUAUAAAAACAGAGGUAGGGAGAGUGACAGCUGAUAGAGACACAUUGAUGUCUGCAGGGGACACCCUACAAUUCUCAGAUAGCACUAAGGACAAGGAAUUCGAUGACCAUGUUACAGAGGGUCACACUGAUGGCCUCGCUCAGAACAGUCCCCUAGAAUUUGAGUGUGAAAAAGGGAACCAUGGUUCCUUGCUUGAAAAGAAAAGCCCUCCAAAGGACAUUGGGGAUGUCUCUAAGAUAGAAAGCACAGGCCAGACAGCUGAAAAAGCUUUAGACAGCCUUGACCUAGAAAAUGGCCUGUCAGCACCGGCAGGGGGGCUGGGGGACUUGAGUUCAGAAAGCAGAGGACAAGCAGGAGGGGGCAGUGAAAAGGGCAGAAGCAAGGAAGACUGCACUAUGUCAUGAGGCAGGCGGCAGAGAAGACAAGCAUGGGGUAAGGGCAGGGUUCCAUAGAGGGCCAAGGCCUCUGCACAGUAAGUCCUGUCUAUCUUUCUACUGCUGACAUCCAUGAAUGUUCCAAAUCCCAUAGGUGUACUGUGUGACAACCACCAGGUUAUCCACUGCUUUAAGCCAUAGACUGUUACCUAUAGAUCUGUAUUUAAUCAUUAAUCACCUAGACUACAGAGAAAAAAAUGGCUGAUUUGUUUUCAGGUUAAGUUUAGCUCGGAGCGUCCCAUAGCAUAGGAGAUAAAUAUAUAGCAUGCAUCUGAGCUGUGUGUAUUCCAGCCUAAAGACAAAAUAUUUGAUGUAGGCUUUGGACCAAUAUGAACAUGGAUAUUCUUAACCAAAUAUAUCAACAUCUAUUGAAAUGACCAAAUAGCAUUCUUGGAUUUCUAUGUCGUGAACAAUGGAUAUUUAAACGCAUAUGUCUCAUUCAAAUAUAUACUCUCCCAUAUUUGGUUUUAAUAUAUACAUUAUAAGCUCUAUGUCAUUUUAUUUAAAAGGGACAAUUGGCUAAAUAGCUUAUGGUCUCUGAGUGGUAAGAUUCGCACCUUAGAGGAAUACUCAGUCAUUUUAGGACAAUGAAUAAGCACCUGAAGGUGCCUUUACCUCAUACAAGUAUCUGAUGUCACACCAAUGCUCUUGGACCUCCCUGCCAGCCACACCUGAGUUUAUUCUGUAGAAGAUGCUCAUUUAUUUCAUGCUGGUGAUGUACCAAAUUAAUUUUAUACAGAGUCUUUUUUUUCUGUGAGAUUUUAAAAUUGCAUUUCCUACUGUGGUUUUAGGAAUGGCAAUUGUUAAUUUUUUUGACCUUAAGGUUAUUUCUCUUCCUGUUUGAAUGUCUAAUCAUUAUUCAGAGGAAUAAUGUAAAAGUUACUUGUUCUUGUGAAAACUACUCAUUAGACUUAAAUCGUAUAUUUCAACUUUUGGUAUUUGGUAUAAAUAUUUUUUUCAGUAUUUUCUUAUUGGAAAAUUCUUAUUUUAUCUGCCUGAAGGAAAAAUAUAUUUUCUAUAUAAAGAAGCAUUUAAAAGUAAUUGUAAAGUUGAAUACAAAAGUAAUGGUGAGAAAUAAGAUCACAGAGGACUGUAUGUAAUGCUGUUGAUGUGUGAGGUUGUGUGAACUCAAACUGCUGUUACAAAGUACAAUGAAAUACAAAGACCAAAACCUCAGCAAAAUAUGAGGCAAACCAAAGUGCUAUAAAAUUGAAAUAAAUACCUUUUUAUAAUUUCAUGAA